AUGCCAAGAGAGGAACGUUCGAAGUGUGUUACUUGCAGUGCAAAUAUUGGUUCAAAUCGAAAAUAUUUUGCGGGUGAUGGUUUAUGGAAGCUUUUUCUAUCGGCACGAUCGUUAAAACGGAUUAAUAAGGAUGAUUCAGGAUGCAAUGAUUGUCGGAUGAAAUACUUGAACUGGUUGAAAAAAAUUGAAGGAGAUUUUAAUCAUUUUAGAUCAUGUUCUGAAGUUGGUGAUAGUAAAAUUGAAGAUGACAUGGAGAUCGAUGCUGAUUAUAAUAAUAGUGAAGGUAGAGUCGAAAUUGGUGCACAAACUGAACUAGAAUCUAAUGCAUCACAUGUUAGUAUUGCUGUCAAACGUUGUACAAAGUCACACAGAUCGUGUAUAGUUUGCGGGUUACGCGAUCAACCUGCUAAAGUAUUGUCCAAACAACAGCGUAUGUUAAUCUUUAUAAAAAGAGGAAUCUUGAUUCCUAAUGGUUGUCACUGUUGUCAUGAUCAUUUUUAUAACCGGCAAAUUAGUUUUGACGCUUUGGACCGAAUUCGUGCUGAUCAAGUAGAUCAGCUCGUAUGCAAUGCCGAUCGUUUACAGGAGAUUUUAAAUGACUUUCGUCUAAUGCUUGAAAGUCAAAAAACGUUCGAUUCUGAUGAUCCAUAUUCAUUAAAUGAUAAAGACUAUUAUAAUAUCACGAGUCUUCGGAAAGGUAGACUAAAUAUUAAUAAAAUAUCUUCCUAUCUUAUUUUAUCACAUGCUUUUAUAGACCAAUUUGAAAAUGUUUUUACUAGAGUCGAGUCGAUGCGAAACUCAAAACUCCGUUCAAUUCGUGUGGCAAUUGCCAUUUUUUGUGCUAAGAUGCGUCUUGGAUUAAGCAACCAUGUACUGGCCACUAUGUUUCAUAUUCAUAGCAAACGAGCAGUAUCUCGAAUUGUACAUCAGGUCAAUGAUACUUUGCUUAAGGAUUUUGUCCCAGCUCAUCUCGGUUUUAAGCAUAUUAGCCGUCAAUCUGUACUUGAAAAUCAUCAAGCGGCAAUAGCAAAUGCGCUAUUGACAGAUAAUAAUCAACAGGUGGUGGUGGUGGUAAUGAACGGCACAUAUUUAUAUUUACAAAAGUCUGCUGAUAAUGAACUUCAACGUCGUACUUAUUCAAUGCAUAAGUAUCGGCAUCUCGUAAAGCCUAUGGUCAUUACCAUCACCAAUGGUUAUAUUUUAAAUGUAUUCGGACCUUUCUUCGGCGAUGAUAAGAUUAACGAUGCUAAUAUAAUUAAACAUUGUCUUUUAAAUAAUGAGCAAGACAUUUUAAAAUGGUUACAUGAUGAUGACAUUAUUCUUCUCGAUCGAGGGUUUAGAGAUGCAAUUCCCACUAUACAAGUGCUUGGUUUUCGAGUUUCUAUGCCCAGCUUUCUCAAUGGGAAAGCUCAACUAUCAACAGAAGAGGCCAACAAAUCACGUUUGGUAACAGCAAAUCGCUGGGUAAUCGACAGUAGUGAGUAUUGA